GCGAUACUUUCAGCGUUAUAAAUGCAGAACCAGCAGUACGGAGGCCCUCUUUCAUUCGGACUGGAGACACGAUGUCUCACCGAAAGUUCUCAGCUCCUCGUCACGGAUCUCUGGGCUUCCUGCCCCGGAAGAGAAGCAGUCGCCACCGCGGUAAAUGCAAGAGCUUCCCCAAAGAUGAUCCGAGCAAGCCCGUGCAUCUGACCGCCUUUCUAGGCUAUAAGGCCGGCAUGACCCACAUUGUUCGGGAGGUUGACAGACCGGGCUCAAAGGUGAACAAAAAGGAAGUUGUGGAGGCUGUUACCAUCGUGGAGACGCCUCCCAUGGUCGUGGUUGGAGUCACUGGCUACGUCAGCACCCCUCGUGGCCUCCGCUCCUUCAAGACCAUCUUUGCAGAGCACAUUAGUGAUGAGUGCAAGCGUCGCUUCUACAAGAACUGGUACAAGUCCAAGAAGAAGGCUUUCACCAAAUACUGCAAGAAGUGGCAGGAUGAAGAAGGCAAGAAGCAGCUGGAGAAAGACUUUGCCUCCAUGAAGAAGUACUGCCAGGUCAUCCGUGUCAUUGCCCACACACAGAUGCGUCUGCUGCCGCUGAAGCAGAAGAAGUCUCACCUGAUGGAGGUGCAGCUGAACGGGGGCACCAUCUCUGACAAAGUGGACUGGGCCCGUGAGAAGCUGGAGCAGGCCGUGCCCGUGAACACAGUUUUCACUCAGGACGAGAUGAUCGACGUCAUUGGUGUCACUAAGGGUCACGGAUACAAGGGUGUUACCAGCCGUUGGCACACGAAGAAGCUUCCCCGCAAAACCCAUCGUGGUCUGCGUAAAGUGGCCUGCAUUGGCGCCUGGCAUCCUGCCCGUGUGGCCUUCUCUGUGGCUCGCGCUGGUCAGAAGGGUUACCACCACCGCACAGAGAUCAACAAGAAGAUCUACAAGAUCGGCCAGGGUUACCACACCAAGGACGGGAAGGUUGUCAAGAACAACGCCUCCACUGAGUAUGAUCUGUCCAACAAGAGCAUCAACCCACUGGGUGGAUUUGUCCACUACGGACAAGUGGCCAAUGACUUUGUCAUGGUGAAGGGCUGUGUUGUGGGAACCAAGAAGAGGGUGCUGACUCUGCGCAAGUCUCUGCUGGUGCAGACCAGCCGUCGCGCGCUGGAGAAAAUCGACCUCAAGUUCAUCGACACGACCUCAAAGUUUGGUCACGGCCGCUUCCAGACCAUCGAGGAAAAGAAGGCCUUCAUGGGACCCCUCAAGAAGGAUCGCAUUGCCAAGGAAGAGACCGCCUGAGGCCCCUGACUUCAAACCACAUCUCUGCUGCGCUCUCUGUCAUCCAUGUUCAUCUGCAGAGUUGUUUAAUAAAAGAAAAACCGAGCA